AUGGCCUUCUCGGACUCAGAGAGAGCAGCAGCUACUGCAUCGCUGCUCCUGCGGGUUCUCACGCUCCUCCUCCUCGUAGCUUCUAUAGUCAUUCUAGUGACCAACAAAAUAUAUGCACCGUUUAGGAAUGUAGUAGACCCACCAAAUAUCACCUUUCGGGACUUCUACGCAUACCGGUAUGUUCUCUCUGCUGCUGUCAUUGGAGGUGCGUACACUUUGCUAGUGCUUCCGUUCGCCGCCAUCCAUGUGGCCCAGGAGAGGAGAAUUGGGCGUGAUCGUCGUGCGAUAGCUCUCCUUAUUUUUACUGAUGUCGUGUUUGCUGUGCUGAUUGCCACAGGAGCUGCCGCAGGCCUUGGUCUGACUGUUGAAUCCCAGCGUUUUCCACAGGGUCCGGAUUUCGCGAAUUUCUUUAAACUGGUGGACGUCUCGUGUGGUUUGAUGUUGGUGGCUACUCUCUGCAUGGUCAUCAUCAUUAUGGUUUCUGUUCGCUCGAUCAACUAG